AUGUCUGCAAUUGAUUUGUUUAAUAAAUUUUCAUUGUGUAAUGAAAUAUCACUGCAUAUAAAAUAUGAAAUAAAACUAUUUCAUUAUAGUUAUAAUAAUGUAUGGUUUGUAACAAAUGAUGAUCAGGUCUAUGGAUUAGGUUAUAAUCAAUGUGGUAUAUUUGGUUUGGGUCACAACAUUGAUGUCAAUCAACCACAAGUUAUACCUGAAUUGUGUCAGAAAAAUAUUAACAAAUUUUCUAUCGGAACUGAUUUUGCAUUGUGUAUAACAAGUGACCAACAAAUAUAUAGCUGGGGUUGCAAUGGAUGCAAACAAUUGUGUAGACAUACCAGUGAUGAGUACAGCAAACCAGCGAUCAUUACAUUCUUAAGCGAUAAAUGUAUUAUUGAUAUCACUUGUGGUUCAUAUCAUUCACUGGCACUGACCAGUGCGGGCACUGUCUAUGGAUGGGGUUAUAACAGAUACGGACAGUGCGGUUGUGAACAAGAAUUUAAAUGUAUUGAUAGCCCGACUCGUGUUAUAUUUCAUGAAAAUAUUAGAAUUAAAUCAAUUUAUUGUUAUAAUUGUUGUUCAUUUGCCAUAACAAGUGAUGGACUUGUUUACAGUUGGGGUGAUAAUCAAGAUAAUCAAUUGGGACAUAAAAACUUAUACUUAUAUAAGCCAAUAGAGAUAAAGUAA